AUGUCCAAUCCAGGCAUUCUGCACAAUUAUGCCCCAAAGAAAGUGGCUUUUGAGUUCACGCCUACGUCUUUAAAGAAGGCCGUAAUCUUUAUUGGUGGCCUGGAGGACGGUCUUUUGACUUUGCCUUAUGUACACAAUGUGGUGCAAGAAUUGGCUCCAUUGGGGUGGUCUAUAAUCCAAAUCCAGAUGACCAGCAGCUACAAAGGCUGGGGCCUUUCAUCGCUCGAUAAGGACGCGGAGGAAAUAAACUCUCUCGUAAGAUAUUUGCGUUCUUCUGCAGGCGGUUCGCGCGAUAAGAUCAUACUUUUCGGGCAUUCAACAGGCUCCCAAGACACUAUGCACUACCUUCUUCGUUACGGUGAAACAAUCGACGGCGGCAUCAUGCAGGGAUGUGUCUCCGAUAGAGAAGGCUUCUCCCAGGGUGUUGAUGAAGCGCAAUGGCAGAGGCUUAAUGAUCGGGCUAAAAUGCUGGUAGGCAAGGGCCAAAAAAAUGAUAUAUUGCCCUCAGAAUAUUCGAAUGUGAUGAUGGGAACUCCCAUCACUGCUUACAGAUGGUGCUCGUUAACUUUACCGGGAGGAGACGACGACUAUUUUUCGUCUGACCUCUCAGAGACGACGUUGGAAUCUACCUUUGGUAAGAUUAAGAAGCCGUUUUUGAUAGCGUAUUCGGAGUUCGAUCAGAUGGUGCCGCAUUUUGUGGAUAAACCGAAAACUAUACACAAGUGGGCCACUUGCAGCAACCCCCGGUGGCUCUCAAAGCACUCGGGUCUUAUUAAGGGUGCUAAUCACCGAGUCGAACAGGAGGAUGCAAGAUCUUACCUCUGCACAAUGGUCAAGAAUUUUAUGGAAGAGUUCGGGCUUUAG